AUGCCUACAGGCCUGACAACGGGGGCCUUGCUCGAGGCCCCCCUGGGCCCGUGCUCCAGAAUCGAAGAGGAUCAUUCUGCCGGCUUCGAGUGCGCCGAUGUUGUGAACGUCUUCUUACCCGUCCUCGCCCUCCGAACUUGUCUCCUCGGGAUCGGCGCGACAAACAGAUUGACGAAUGACGCCGUAGCAGAGAGCUGGUUGGUGCGCGGAUACCGGGACACAAGAGGGGACGGCACCUUUCGCACCGCCACGGCAACGAACAACACGUAUUGGAGAAUUGCGGCCACGAAAAUCGAGACGAGGGAGCGAGGGGCACUUAGCCCUUUGGCGAGCUCGAAGGAUGCAGCUCCCAGGCGGGAGCACGAGAAUUCCACCCGCGAGAGCACCGGCUUCCGUUCUGGAUAUCAUCAACAUCGGCAACAACAUCGCAACGAUCACCGGGCGUAAACGCAUCAAUAAUAAGAGCAGCAGAAGCAGCGGUCCCGGUUACAACAAUCACCGUAGUAAAAGUAAGAAGCACGACAGCAGCGGAUACAGAUCCGAUAACGAAUCGACCCUUCCGAAAAAGACCCGCCAUCCCG